AUGGGCGGCAACGCCUUCGCUUCGGGGCCAGACCCCCUUCCAACUCCACGCAUGCCCAAAGAUGUCUACCUUCUGGUCAAGGAGCGCUGCUUCUCCAUCCUGCGCGAGAUGUACGAGGUUGUCGAUUCGCCCAUCGAGGGUCCUGGAAAAGAAGACUUCGGCGACCUGGAUAUUCUCCUCUUUGGUCCCAAGCCUGGGCUUCCACAAGAUAACGAAGCCGGGGUCAAACAAGUGGCCCAAGCACUGGGUGCCGUCAGAGUGAUUUACAUCCGAGAUAGCUCCUCCAACCUCGCCAUCCCAUGGCCUUCAGACGUGGACCGACCCCCAGCAGCUAAAGAAAGCGCAGAAGGGGAAGAACAGUCGGAAUCACAGAUCCCCGCGGUAGCUCCACACGUCCAGGUCGAUGUACGUAUCUGCGAUGACUUAAAAAAGCUACAGUGGCAGUUGUUCAAGCAUGCUCACGGUGAUAUCUGGAAUAUCUUGGGCUCUACCAUCCGCCCAUUCGGACUGACUGCCGACGAGGGUGCCCUGUGGCUGCGUAUCCCAGAAAUAGAGAAUCUGAACCGGAAGCGUGCCAAGAUCUUUCUUACAUCCGAUCAUGAGGAGGUCAUGGAUUUUAUAGGUCUGCCUACCUCGGGCUACUGGGACGGCCCGUUUGACACUCUCAACGACCUGUACGAGUAUGCCGCACAAUGCCGAAUGUUCUCGGUACCGCCCUCCGUGGAGGGAAGCGAUACCAGUGUCACAUCUAGCGAGGGAAAAGCAUCCUCAGAAAGCCCACCGAAGAGAAAGCUCAAAGCCAACGACCGCCGGAGGAUGAACUACCGGCCAAUAUUCCGGAAGUGGAUCGAGGAGUUUGUGCCCGAGUGCAGCAAGCAGGGCAGGUUCCGAGAAUUGAGCCUCACGAGAGAGGAAGUGACGCAACAGGCGAUGGACAAGUUUGACGUGAGGAAGGAGUUUGAGCAGCGGCGUCAGGAGUUUUUGCUCGAGAGAGACAGAGACGCCAUUUGGAAGAACGUCAUCAAGGUCCAGGUUCCCGAAGCAGACUUGUCUAACACUAAGUCAAUCACAUACCGAGGAUGCCUUCUCAAAGCACUAAAGAAGAUCAUUUUGGAGGGUGAGGAGACAUGCGGGGUUGUUCCCGGGAACAGUAUGAAGGAUGAGAAUGGCUUUUUCAUUCCCGACGCUGUUAAAACCUUCAUCCGCGAAAACAAGGAUGCGAUAGGAUAUAAGGCGUACGGCAUGCAUCAUGAGGCUUACCUCUUGUCAAAGGAGGCAAAGGCGAAAGACACGCUCCAGGCUGGGGAAUCAUAA